CAUUUGUCUUUGCGUCAUACAGAGAUGCUGCGCGGUCGAGUAUGGACGUAGUAGUGCAAGUUUAAAAGUCUUCGUAUUUCUGCUCUAACCAAUGUGCAUGGCAUAGAUUCACUGUUGCAUUGACAGCCUAGUGUCAGCAUUUACGGAACUCAAAUAGUUCUAUUACGAAAACUGUUUUUUUAAAAUUGUACAGCUGUGAAGUUCUCGUCACAGUGAGAAACAAACUUCUGUUUACGUGGUACGUUUAUUGGCCACGCGUUAAAAAUGCGCGGUUGCCUUUGGAAACGUCUUUCACACUGGUUAAUGGCUUUUACUGGAAUCACUCUACUUCUCCUCGUCAUUGUUGCACCCGUUUUGUUACUGCUGUCUAGGAAGUAUUUCAGAAAACGACGGGAAGCCACAUCAAGCCAGCAUGUUACUGUGGCAUUUUUCCAUCCUUAUUGCAAUACUGGAGGAGGUGGGGAAAGAGUUUUGUGGUGCGCUGUGAAAGCAUUGAAUACAAGGUUUCCAAGUGUGAGGAUGGUAAUCUAUACAGGUGAUUUGGAUGUCUCGCCAGAGGAUAUCCUUAAACGUGUCCAUCAAAGAUUCAAUGUUGAGUUGCACACAGACCAAGUGGAUUUUGUGUAUUUGAGAUGGCGCAGGCUGCUCGAGGCUGACAGAUAUCCAUUGUUCACAAUACUGGGACAGAGUAUUGGAUCAUUCCUUCUGGGACUGGAGGCAAUACUUACUUAUGUUCCAGACAUUUACAUUGACACAACUGGCCACGCAUUCACAUAUCCUCUUUUCCGUUAUGCCGGGGGCUGCCGUGUCGGGUGCUACACGCACUACCCCGUCAUUACGUCUGACAUGCUGCGACGCGUCAGCACCCGGACAGUCGCGUACAACAACCGGCGCAUCGUUGCCCGGAGCCCUUUCCUCACAGCUGGCAAGCUUCUCUACUACAAGCUGUUUGCAUGGGUGUACGGUGCAGCUGGACGCUCAGCAGAAAUAGUGAUGGUAAAUUCAAGUUGGACAGAAGAACACAUCAACGAACUCUGGCAGUGUCCCUUGCGAACACACAGAAUUUACCCACCAUGUGAUGUGGAGGAUCUAAAGAAUAUUCCAAUUGACAAUGACAGAGAUGCAGGAAUUCCUAGUUCAUUAGAUGGAAGUGGUGAUACAGUGUCAAUUAGUGGUGCAGACAAGAAAGUUGUGAAGAUUGUUUCUGUCGCGCAGUACCGCCCUGAGAAAGAUCACCCAUUGCAGCUACGGUCUAUGUAUCAGCUUAGGCAAUAUGUGCCAGAAGAUGUGUGGGACUCGCUGCGUCUCAUCUUUGUUGGCUCAUGUCGGAAUGCUGAAGACGAUGUGCGUGUUCAGGACAUGAAGGAUCUGUGCAAACACUUAUCUCUAGAAAACAACGUUGAAUUCAAAGUGAAUGUUCCUUAUGAAGAACUGAGACGGGAACUGGAGGAAGGCUCUAUUGGCUUACAUGCGAUGUGGAAUGAGCACUUUGGAAUAGGUGUUGUAGAAUGCAUGGCAGCCGGUCUGAUAAUGGUUGCACAUCGGUCGGGUGGCCCACAGAUGGAUAUUGUAGAGGAAGCAGAAGGCAGCCGCAAUGGAUUCUUAGCUGCAGAUGAACAAGAAUAUGCUAGUGCCAUUGCACAUAUUCUCAGGAUGUCACCAGAAGCUAGGAAAUCUGUUAGAGAAGCUGCAAGGUCAUCUGUUGAACGCUUUUCUGUUCAAGAGUUUAACAAAGGAUUUUUAAGAGCUGUUGAACCACUGUUCAGUCAGCGGUGAUUGUUCAUCAAUGUGGUCAUUUGAGAAUUUUACUGUGAUUCUGGACAGUUCCUGUGCAUUGUUCGAAGCUUCUGCGUGUGCCACGAGUGGUGCUUUCUUUGCAUGUACUAAACAAAUGAAAACUGUGGUAUAUUGAUUACUUUUUAAGUGCAUCAACAUUUUUGUGUUAGAAAAACACAGAAUAUUAAUUUGAUAAAAGCCAGUGUUUAUCAUUUAAAAAAAUUUAAUGUAUACAGUAACAUCAGGAAUGUGUAAUGUUAGAAUUAUGAAUAUUCAAGAGAGAAACAUGGCAUUUAUUGUUCAUCAAUCAUCCCUUUUUAAAAGGUUGUCAUAUAUUCACUUAAGUGAAGGUCAUUCAGCUGCAUUGUGUGAAGUAAGAUCUGAGAAAGAAGAUAGUUAUAAUCUGGUAAUUAUCUUUACUGACUUAUGUUUCCAAUGAAACGAAACCACUAUGCCUAGAUAAAGGUUCUGAUUAAAAAUUCUUAACUUCUGCAUUCCGUAACUGUAUUAUUCAAUUGACGUAGGCUCAGCCUUCUCAGACUGCUUUCAGUGGGCAGUAUGCCUGCCCACUCUGUCCUAUUGAUAUAUUAUGCUCUGCAUUUAUCCUGUCUCCCUCUCUUCCAUAAAUUGUGUGGUGUGCACAAAGUGGGAGAGUUGCAGUGUCGGCAAAGAAGACCUUUCUCCUGAACAGUCUGCAUAAUGACUCAGCCUAAAUAAUUACUUGUGGAAGAAUAGCAUGUGAAACACUAAGUCACAGUGCAAUGACAAGUUUACUGAUCCCAACGUAAGUAGAUUUACCGUAGUGGUGGUAAGCAGAACACGCAGCCAAGGCCAUCUGUCAUACGUAUUAUACCCUAAUUAAAAUAACUUUAUGAUUGUCAUAUUGCAGUGGUGGGGUGCCAGUGUUGCUAGCAUGCAGCCAGCCACUCAGCCUAUAUCAAAAUAGGCACCACAGCAAGCAUGUGGCACUUCAGAAAGAACUACAGUUGGUGGGUGGCUGGCCUAUACCACUCAACUCACUGAAAUAUCAGUUGUAAAGUUAUUUUAAUGGGAGUAUAUACCUUACUCGUAAAGGAGACAACAAAUAGCGGAAGCAUUGAGUUGUUCAUAGGAACACAAAACAGAAUGAAAACUUUGCAUCUACCUGGAAAGGGAGGUUCAGUCUCACUUCCCAAGAGGCCAGCCAGCAAGUCUCAAAAUGAAUUAGGCAGUCAUUUGACAAGAUAGUGGAUGGGCAUUGACACUGUGUGUUCUAAUAUACUUUGUUUCAAAAAGAGAAGCAGUUACAGUGAAGUUUACAUAGAUUUACAGAUUCAACUAGCAAAUGUACUUCAAAUAAGAAUAUUAUUCUAUUUGUAAAAAUAAAUAUUUAAACAAUGGAUAACUCACGAUGGAAUAACAAUAUGAAAAGGAUAGAUUGCUACUUACCCCACAGAGGUGGUGGUGAGUGACAAUAGGCUUAUUGACAAAGACUGCUAUGUUAUAUUUAGCUACUGGACCAAGUCCUUAAUGAAAAAUGGACAAACAUUCACACAUGCAUAAGAUACAGACAGGACCAAUGUCAUAUCUGCACAAUUCCCUCCUAUGUAAAAGACAUUAACCAUUUCACCUACCAGCACUCCACAAGUUCUCUUCCUUUAUCAUCCAGCACCUCCUCUUUGAAGGCAUCACAUACAAACAAAUCAGUGGUACAAGAAUGUGCACCCACAUGACAUCAUCCUAUGCCAACCUGUUGGUGAGCCAUCUAGAGGAAUACUUCCUAACCACCCAGACUCCAAAAUCCUCAGCUGGUUUACAUUCACUGAUGAUGUCUUCAAGGUCUGGGCACCUAUUUCACAGUCCCUAAAGACCUUCUCUCUUAUUCAUUUCACCUGGUCCUCCACCGACCAUCAAGCCACCUUCCUUGAUGUUUCUCACCUCAGGGGUUUCUACAUCAGUCCUCCAUCCACACCAAACACCAGUAAUACCUUGAAAUUACCCUCCCAUCUUGUCAAGAAGCAGAUCUUCCAUACCUUGUCUCUCCUGUCAUCUACCAUUUCCCACAUACCAACUGUCAAGCUGCAGAGGAGCAACCCCCUCAUGACUCAGUACCACCCAGCACUGUAGCAACUGAAUCACAUUCUCCACCAGAUUUUUGACUGUCUCUCAUCGUGCCCUGAAAUAGGAAUAUCCUUGCCUCCACUAUCCUUGCCAUUCCUCCCACAGUGUUAUUCUCUUGACCAAUCACCUUAUGCAAUAUCCUUGACCAUCACUUCUCCACCCCUUCUCCCAGCCCUUUGCCUCACAGUUCAUAUCCUGCAAUAGAUCUACACGCAAGACCUCCCACUAACACCCAGUCCAGUCCUGUCACAGGUAUCUCCUAUCCCGUCAAAGGUAGGGCUACCUGCGAUAUCAGUCGUGAUUCACCAACAUAGCUGCAACCACCUUGCGGGCAUUCUACAAGGGUAUGAUCACUAACGACUAUCUGUCACGUGAAUGGUCACUGCUAAACUGUGGCCAAGAAACAGGUGGACAACCUGGUUGCUGAGCAUGCUGCCCAACACGAUGUGCUUCACAGCCUGUACCAUCUAGAUUCUUCCCACAAACAUCAGCAGCUUUUCUGAAUUGCAUAGUUGGGAACAUUUCGUACAACAUAUCCUUUGUUCUUGUAAUCCUCUUGGCCUGGACAUUCACUAGAACCUGUCACCAUCUGCCAAUCCACAAAAAUUUUCUUAAUGAGGGAGAGUGGGGGAGGGGGAGACAAAAAAAUAAAGCAUCAUUUCAAAUGAUUAUGAUGAUUUGAAAUAUGUAGAUAAUAUUUAUUUUCAGUAUGAGAAGGAGAUUACUAUUACUCACCGCAGAGGAGAUACCUUCAGAAAAAUGGCUGUGUGACGAGAACUAUUCUAUACAGAAAACAUGAAGUUGGAAAGCACGUCACUGAAAUUCCAUAGUACAAAAUAUGUAAUAAAAAUCAUCUCUUAAAAAUAUGUCAAAAAUUAUGUUUGUUUUAAUUUUUUAAAAUUUUGAUUGUAGCAAAAGAGCAUUUCUGUUGCAACCAUGUGAACACAUUUUUUCAGGAUGUUUCUCACUGCAAUAGGUACGAUUUUAUCACUAACCUUUACCCAGUGAUAACUUCUGUUUAUCAGAAAGAACUGCACAGAACAUAAUAAAAAUCUUAAUUUGUAACAUUGACACCCACAUGACACACUUGUUUCUUUUCUUGUGCCUUGCUAAAGUGAUGCUUGUUAGUUAUUAUUAUAUAAUGUAUUUGGCAGCCAGCUCUUCUUGAAUUGUGAAACUGAUAUAUCAGUUGUGUGGGUAGCAUUACAAAGAGAGAUAAUUUUAUGUACAACACCAAAGAUUAUAUGGAUUUUAAAUUGUAAAUUCCACAGAACAUACUGUUAAGUUUGUGACUGAUUAUUACAUGAUG